AUGGCGACAAGUUCAAAGAAAGGGUUAACAACUAAAUAUAACGAGGAUGAGUAUUUUCGUUUAACUGUAAAAAAAUUGAUUGUUUUUGCUUUUGUUUCACUAGAUCAAGUUAUAAUUGGCUUCGACUUAAUUUGUGACCAACUUGACGACGCCUCCGAGGAUUUACACGGUUAUUUUGAAAAAAUGUGGAUCGGUGAACCAAAAAGAAGAGGAACUGGUAGAAAGAAGCCCCGAUUUGAUCAUAAAUUAUGGAAUGUUUAUGAUCGUGCCAUCGCUACAGUACCUCGACCCAACAAUUAG